AUGCUGCUGCUGCUGCAGCAGGUGGUGCAGCAGCAGCAGCAGCAGCAGCAACAGCAGCAGCAGCUACAGCACCCCGAGCAGCAGCAGCAGCAGCAGCAGCAACAGCAGCAGGCAGCUGCACUGCUGCGGCGGUUUGCUCCUCUCGUGCUGCCAGCAAACCCUAAAAAGACGAUAGAUUUGUUUAUGCAGAAGGGGUACUGCCCGCUUCCUGCUGCUGAGGUGCUGCAGCUGCUGCAGCAGCUGCCACAGCAGCAGCAGCAGCAGCAGCAACAGCAGCAGCAGCAGCAGCAGCAGCAGCAGCAGCUGCAGCAGCAACUCAGAGAGAGGUUCCUUGAGCAUCUGCUGCUGCAGGGUUUGCUGCAUGACCCCCAAAUAGAGACAGAGCUCGCCUCCAUAUACAUAGACAGAGCACUAGCAGCAGAAGAAGCAGCAGCAGCAGCAGCAGCAGCAGCAGGCUCUGCAGCACCCGCCACUGCAGGUGCAUCACCAGCACCAGCAGCAGCAGCAGCAGCAGCAGCAGCAGCAGCAGAAGGAGAAGCAUCACCUGCUGCUGCAGCAGAAGAGCAGCGAGAACGCCUUCGUUGCUUCCUGCAGCAGCAAAGCAGCUACGAUGUGCAGAAGCUGCUCAAAAAGGUAGAAGGGUCUGCGUUGAUUGAGGAGAAGGCUAUCCUCUACGGCAAGGCGGGGGAGCACGAGGCGGCUCUGCUUUGCUUCGUGCGGGAGAGAAAGGAUGUUGCAGCAGCAGAAAGGUAUUGUGCUGCUGCUGAGCAGCAGCUGCUGCCGCUGCUGCUGCUGCUGCAGCAGCAAGAAUAUGAUGAUAUGAAAAAAACAAACAGACUCUGGAGAAUCCCCGUUGCAGAGGCGCAGCAGCAGCAGCAGCAGCAGCAGCAGCAGCAGCAGCAGCAGCAACAGCAGCAGCAGCAGCAGAAGCAGCAGGGCUACGGAGGGUUUGUUGAUGGUAUUUUUUUCAGGUCCUUCUCGAUUGCUGGCGCGAAGCCUCUGCUGAAGCAGCAGCAGCAACAGCAGCAACAGCAGCAACAGCAGCAGCAGCAGAAGAAGAAGCUGCAGCAGACGAUACAGCAGCAGCAGCAGCAGCAACAACAGCAGCAGCUGCAGCAGCGGGAGUAA